AAUCUGUUGAAUUGUGUUUUAGAAUUUUUGGACCCCUGCAAGUAGCUGAAAAGAAAAACCACACACAAAUAGCAAGAAAACUCGGCCCACAUUUCAUUACUCAGCCAGUUUUUGUACAAAUUGGCAAUUGCUAGAGACAUACUGCGGUUGUUUUCAAACAAACAAGUCGCCUUGGUUACAUAUAUAAUGCUCACAACUGACUUCAAAUCGCGGCCGCAUAACUAUUCAAAAUGUUCAAUACUAAAAUGCUGGCAAAAUCCAGCGUGGAGGACAUAUCUUACAACGCCAAUCUUUGGCUACAAGCCGCUAUGCUAAUCAAUGUUUACAUGUCCUUAAUUUUGGGUAUAAUUUACGGUUGCUAUAUACUCUAUAAUUUGUCAGAGUUGCAGAACUUCUAUGGACGCGCAGUUAUAGUCGCCUACAUAUUAUCGUUGUUGGCCGAAGUUUAUCGCUUACGGGCGGGCUAUAAAGGCAACUUGGGCGCAGAGAUCAGCGAGCUGAGCAUCUUUCUUGUGACAACACCGUUAAUACAACUACCGUUACUUGCGUUUCUCUUUCUCGCCGUGCGUGGUGAUUGGGCGCUCAUAUAUCUCAUCAUAGAGUUAAUUUUUUGUUUAAUGCUAAUUGAAUUGAUUGCCGGCAUGUGGGCAUGGCAUAUCUUUGCGAAACAUCAAAAUGAUUUGCACAAACUGAAGCGCCAAAUCGCGUUGCAAAUGCGAAAUGUCAAAAACGAAAGCGCAAAUGCUGAGGACACGUAGAAUGUGCUAUAGUUUAAUUAAAUAUAAAGUUUUUAUUAAAUUUAAUUAAUU